AGGCCAUGAACACUUUUAAACAUCUCCGUCGUGGACAAGGCCCAAGGUUCUUGCAUACGGGAACUCGAUGUAGUGUUUUUUGUGCCGAUUUCCUUGUUAUAGUGUUAUUAAAUUCUAAAACCAGUUUUUGGACCAAUGUAUCUAUGUUUUGGAAGUAAUUUUGGUUAAAACCAGACAAGAAAAAUUAUUCUUCCGUACAGUAUAGUUUAUGUAAGCUUUUUUUUCAACUCCUGCGUUUUGUGUUAAAGUUCAAGAACAAAGAUAAGGUGAAUGUACGAAAUAUUUAUUAGGUGUUGCAGAAAAAUCAGUCUGUUCAGCAACCAUGAUUUUGCUAACAGUGUGUUUACUUUUCAUUCCUUCAGCUAUAAGCUUAAUCCAUCUUAGCAAAGCGAAUUUAGAAAUAGUUCCAACAGAGGUUGAAGAAAUCCAUUUAGCACCAGUUGUUAAUCGCGUAAACGCCACUACUGAAGACUUGCCAGUGAUACCUGCAGAAAAUUUUACACUUGUAAAAGAACAUGAAGUCACUGACGAUCAGGGGAACGUUUACGUUGAGUACCACCCUCCUUGGCAAAAAAUGAUAAAUGUCACUGAUGAUGGUUACCUGGUGUACGACACGGAAACACCUCCCGUUGAUGAAACAUCACACUGGGAGACCACAGGGAAAGUUGUACUUCCAAGUGGAAUUAUUUCAGUUGUUAUUGUGAUUUGUGCAAGGGCAUGCCAGAAAUUUGGAAAACAUGACGACGAAGGAAACGAACCAAUUUUAGUAUAACGUUGUUCAGCAGACGAUUCCUCGAUUAUUAUCAGGGUAAUUUAGGUUUAUUUUUGUAAAAAAUAUUGUUCUAGACUAGGUAUUAUUGUGGAAAAAUAGAUAUAAAUAAAUGGUCAAUUUUC